CUCACGUGUACUUUCAGACUAUCGCGCGAAGCAAUCCAAUCCUCAGGUAUAGCACAUUUCGCGAACCCCGUACGCCAUGGCACCAAAGAUGCCAGCGGUCGGUAUCGACCUCGGCACUACGUAUUCCUGUGUAGGGGUCUGGCAGCACGGCAAGGUAGAGAUCAUUGCCAAUGACCAGGGCAACAGGACGACACCCAGCUACGUCGCUUUCGGCGACAGCGAGCGCCUGAUCGGAGAUGCCGCCAAGAACCAAGUGGCGAUGAAUCCGCAGAACACAGUGUUCGACGCGAAGCGGCUCAUCGGCCGCAAGUACGACGACCCCAAGAUCCAGGGCGACUUGAAGCAGUGGCCGUUCAAAGUGGUCAACGACGGAGGGAAGCCGAAGAUCGUCGUGGAGUACAAAGGAGAGGUGAAAAGGUUCUCCCCAGAGGAGAUAAGUUCCAUGGUGCUGACCAAGAUGAAGGAGACAGCCGAGGCGUACCUGGGUGGCAAAGUGACCGACGCGGUCGUCACCGUGCCGGCGUACUUCAACGACUCGCAGCGGCAAGCGACGAAAGACGCCGGCGCCAUCGCGGGUCUCAACGUGCUGAGGAUCAUCAACGAGCCGACAGCCGCGGCGCUGGCAUACGGCCUGGAUAAAAAUCUGCGCGGCGAGAAGAACGUGCUCAUCUUCGAUCUGGGCGGCGGGACUUUCGACGUUUCGGUGCUCACAAUCGACGAAGGCUCACUGUUCGAGGUCAAGGCGACUGCGGGAGACACCCACUUGGGCGGGGAAGACUUCGACAGCCGCCUGGUGAACCACUUCGCCGAGGAGUUCAAGAGGAAGUUCCGGAAGGACCUGCGCAGCAAUCCUCGCGCUCUACGCCGCCUGCGGACGGCGGCCGAGCGCGCCAAGAGGACGCUCUCCUCAAGCACCGAAGCGAGCAUCGAGAUCGACGCGCUCUUCGAGGGUGUCGACUUCUACACCAAAGUGUCGCGGGCCCGCUUCGAAGAGCUGUGCUCCGAUCUCUUCCGGUCGACGCUCCAGCCGGUCGAGAAGGCGCUCGCCGACGCCAAGCUGGACAAGUCGGCGAUACACGACGUCGUGAUGGUCGGCGGGUCGACGCGCAUUCCGAAGAUCCAGAGCCUGCUCCAGAACUUCUUCAACGGCAAAGCCCUCAACCUGUCGAUCAACCCGGACGAAGCGGUGGCCUACGGGGCGGCGGUGCAGGCCGCCAUCCUCAGCGGCGAUUCCAGCUCCCAGAUUCAAGACGUGCUGUUGGUGGACGUGACGCCACUGUCGCUAGGCAUCGAAACUGCCGGCGGCGUCAUGACCAACAUCGUCGAACGGAACACGCGCAUUCCCUGCAAGCAGACGCAGACGUUCACGACGUAUUCCGACAACCAGCCCGCUGUCACCGUCCAGGUCUUCGAGGGUGAGCGCGCUCUUACAAGGGAUAACAACCUGCUGGGAACGUUCGACUUGUGUGGCAUCCCACCUGCUCCCAGAGGCGUUCCUAAGAUUCAGGUGACGUUCGACAUCGACGCGAACGGCAUCCUGAACGUGUCGGCGCGCGACGAGAGCACGGGCCACUCGCGCAACAUCACCAUCCGCAACGACAAGGGCCGGCUGUCCAAGGCGGAGAUCGAGCGCAUGCUGGCGGACGCGGAGCGCUACCGCGCCGAGGACGAGCGCCAGCGCGAGCGCGUGGCCGCGCGCAACCGCCUCGAGGGCUACGUGUACGGCGCGCGCCAGGCGCUCGACGACGCCGGCUCCAGGCUGCCCGACGCGGAGCGCCGGCGCGCCAGGGACGCCUGCGACGACGCGCUGCGCUGGCUGGACGCGCACCCCGGCGCAGACCGCGCCGACUACGAGCAGCGCCUGCGCGACGUGCGGGCACUGUGCGCGCCGCUCAUGUCGCGGCUGCACCAGCAGGCCGGCGGCGGCGGCGGCCGCGGCGGCUACGGCGGCCGGCAGCAGCAGCAGGACGGGCCCGUCAUCGAGGAGGUCGACUGAGCGCGCAGGCGAAUCGAUACAUCGACGGCGCCACUACUAUCGAUAGCGUUACGCACGUCCUGUAGGAGAGACUGAAGUUUGGAGGAGGCUGACUACCUCUUCUUGUUUUAUUUUUUUUUUUUUUUCGGCUUCUCGGCAAGGACAUUUGAAGCUAGAGCCCACUGAGACUGCAUAAGACAAUAGUACAAAAAGAUAAUUAUACUGUACUCCACAUAAUAGUCUUGAGAGAUUCAGCAACUGCAUAGAUAUGUAAGACAAUUCUCAUUUAUUGUUAUGUCUCAAGCAGGACAUUUUUAAUUAGACUUCAUGUUUCGAUCACUCUGGAUCAUCGUCAGAUCUAACACGGGAACCUCCCCAUCGCACCCCCUUCAGAUUUAGUUAUAAGUUGGCACAGUGGAUAGGCCCUGAAAAACUGAACACAGAUCAAUCGAGAAAACAGGAAGAAGUUGUGUGGAACUAUGAAAAAAUAAACAAAAUAUACAAACUGAGUAGUCCAUGUGCAAGAUAGGCAACAUGAAGGGUAGUGUGAGCUCAGGAGCGCCGUGGUCCCGUGGUUAGCGUGAGCAGCUGCGGAACGCGAGGUCCUUGAUUCAAGUCUUCCGUCGAGUGAAAACUUUACUUCUUUACUUUCGCAAAGUUAUGAUCUGUCCGUUCGUUCAUUGGCGUGUCUGUUAACCGUAAUAAGUUUAGUGUGUGUGUGUUUUGCGACCGCACCGCAAAACUGUGCGAUUAUUAGACGAAAGGACGUGCCUCUCCAAUGGCAACCGAAAACAUUUAAUCGCAAGGUCAUACGUCAACCGAUUCCUCCACAGGAAAACACGUCUGAUAUAUUCUAUGCGACACUGGUGACGGCAUGUGCGUCACAUGACAGGAAUAUGUUGUCGACCCACCUAACUUUUACACUUGGCGAAUGGCUUAAAGGAUUCUUCUACCUUGCCCGAUUUUGGUUUUCUUGUGGAUAUGAUAAUCACUCCCAAAAAAAGAUGUGACAUAAACUGAAAAUAAAAAAAAUCAAACUUUUCGCCCGAAGGAAGACUUGAUCUAAGGACCGAUGGUUUCGUAGCUGCUCACGCUAACCACGGGACCACGGCGCUCUUGAGCUUACAAUAUCCUUGAUGUUGCAUAUCUUGCGCGUGGACUACUCAGUUUGUUGAUUUUGCUUAUUUUUUUCAUAGUUCCACACAACUUCUUCCUGUUAUCCCCAUUGAUCUGUGUUCAGUUUUUCAAGGCCUAUCCAUUGUGCCAACUUGUAACUAAAUCUGAGGGGGGUGCGAUGGGGAGGUUCCCUUGUAAGUAGUUGUGUAAGCAGCCUAUCUUCUCUACUCAGAACCAAAUAUAAGAGUAGUAUCAGUACUCUGAUAUUUGCUUCUGGACAGAUAAGACGGGUUUGUGACGCAACUCCUCAGAUCUGAACAUGAACGAAAGUGACCGAAACUAACUAAAAAUUUACAACUGAGGCGGGACGGUAAAUGAGCACUACCUCACAAUAUUGUACACCGUAGGAAGUCACUAUUUACUGGCUCAUGUUCAUAUAAAGCGUUUCGAGGCUUAAUUAGAGACGGAAAACGUUUCUCAAAAAUUGGUAUGCUGACAUCUCCAUAGAACAUCUAAGUAAUAUUACAGCUGUGGUCUUAUAGGAAGUGUGAAUCGACGUUUCCGUUCCUUUGAUUGUUGAUACAUUUUUCCAAAUGAGUGACUUUUAUGUGAAAAUUUUUUGUUACUUUCAAAAAGAAAAGAUGUUCUUAUCUAAAUUUGUUCCGUAAGAGGUCUGUCAUUAGUUUCGCUCAAGCUUUGACAAGUUUUGUUUGUUAUGAAAAAAUAUGUCCAGACUUUAAUUGUUUUAAAUAAAAGAAAAUUUGUAAGGCAAAUUAAUUACAUUGAACUUACAUUAAUACAAAUACGAGAGAGAUAACAGCAAAACGGCUGCAGAAAGGUAUAGGUUGGUAAACAUCACAAAGCAGCGAGAAAUCGAGGUACAAAAUUUCCAAAGCGAGAUCGAAGCUUGCACGAACAGAAAGUAUGGAGAGAUGAAGGAGUGUUCAAUUGUGUGUGAAAUCCUAUGGGGCUUAACUUCUAAGGUCAUCAUACCCUAAACUUACACACUACUUAACCUAAAUUAUCCUAAGGACGAAGACACACACCCAUACCCGAGGGAGGACUUGAACCUCCGCCGGGGCCAGCCGCAUAGUCCAUGACUGCAGCGCCUGAGACCGCUCGGCUAAUCCCGCGCGGCAAAAUGUACCUUUCACAGAGAUGAAGGAAUUUUCCCUUAAUAGACAGGCAAGUAGCUGCAGCAGCACCCUUUAUUUGAACUGAAGAGUACAACAGAAAAGACAGUAUUUGGCAAUGUGGGUGAAUAACAGUGAGUACUUACAUCAAUUACUUAGGGAAAAGAAAAACAAAUGCAGAAUUACGAGGACCCGUUAUACCGAGGAGGUGGAUCGAUAUACCAGUUGGAUAAUAUUAAUGCGUGAAUAUCGAUAUCAAUUUUACAAAACAUUCGUAUUUUCGGUGCACACUUGCCAUCUCUUGACUUUAUGCUGUUUCACGGAAGUAUCCUCCGUGACGAGAUGGAACGUUGACGACUCUUUCACCUCGAAAUUCAGCAGUAAUAAGAGGAAUGUUCUACCUAUGCCUUUAUGAUUUAUUUUAUUCACCGCACUAUAUGUUUUAGUCGGCUAGCCUCCGUCAUCAGGAGCGGUAGAGUGAAUUACGAAGCUAUAUUUAUAGCAACAAAGCGCCAGGCGGAAUAUCUGUGUGAGAGUAAGUACCACAAGGUACAUGACCGUACGAGCAAUAAUCUGGAGUAUACUACCCUUUCAUAAUGUCAGAGAAUCCUGACAUGUUGGCGGUUACUAUUCUCGUGCUGCUGAUAAAUGCGUUGCGCUUCAGAUAUUUAGCUUGCAUACCAUCGGCAUGGAGUGUGGGUGGUAUUACUGUCGUAUAGGGACAACAUGCAGUUUUUACCCACACUCGGCACUUAGUGCGGAUGUAUGGAGUCCCUCCGCCCACAUACACAGUCGUCGUACAGCGGGUGUAAUAUAAUACUAACUUGCACAUAUGUUACUGCUAGAGCAGAAGGGACACAGACAGGUAAAAAUCAGUAAAACAAUGUUAUACAGGGGACAUGAGAAGCUUGUUGCAAAAAAAGUACCACGUACCGCCAAAUAUUGUCAAUACAAAGUAUAUCAGUUGUUAAACUUCUCCCGGUCCCAGGAUGCACAAGGGGAAGUGCCAAGUUACAUUCUGCGUGAAGUACAUAGUGACACUCCUGCUUGUGUCAUUGUGCAGCGUGAGUCAUAUAAGGCAUAAUUCUCAUUUUCAUUUUUUAUUUUGUGAGAUAUUCAUUCAACAAUUUUGGCAAAGGUUAGUAAUCAUAGCGAAUUUUAUUUCGUCGUAAACCUCUUAAAUGCUGUAAUCAAAGGAUAUUUUGAAGCAAAUACAGUUUUUAUUUUAAACACAAUGUAUAAUUUGUAUCUGGAAAUUAGGAAAAGACAAAUAUAGAGAUCUAACGCUUCUUAAUCUAGGUGAUGAAACUCACCGGAGAAAAUCUUCCAAUGCAGGGUAAUCUCCGAUAGUGAAGUAUAACAUUCAAUUUAAGAAAAUUUUUUUGUAUCACUAAUGAAGCAAGAUAAAACGAUGGAAAUUACUUAAAGAAACGUGUUAUCCAUUGCUUACUACGAACCGCAGGAGCGUUAUUUCACUACCAGUAUGCCGAAGACAUCUGCAUCUCACCUCAUUUUUUAUUUCUCUUUGUGGGACAAGUAACUCCUUCGGUUUCCUUCCGUAAGAGUCAAAUGUCAGUAUGUCCUAACAAGUGCUCAUUUCAUCUGGCUAGAUUUCACAUCAGUUUGACGAAUAACACACUACUUUCUACAGGUGGCAAAGAAUUAAGCAUCGAAGAGAGUCGUGUGAAGUUGUUUCAGUAGACUGUGACUAGCUACAGUGUUUAGUUUGUUCCUAUUACAGCUUCGAUCAUUUUCGAGCUCACUAGCGUUGUAGAAUAGUAAUGUUUCUCUUGUGAUUCUUCAUAAGUUUCAUUUGUUGAGUAAUUUUAUGUUAUCACUGUGAACGACAUAAUUGAGUUCAUUAAUUGACACAGUGAUUAUAAACAUAAAAUUACCUGUCGAUUAAUGAUGUAUAAGGAAGAUUACCGGAUAGUGUGCCAUACUUACAUAAACAUGUGCUAAAUAUCAACAAUCAAGUUUAUAUUCAUUGAGCCAUUAUGUUUUUCAUGUUUAUUUGUCUACGUUACUUUAUAAUGUUACUAUUCUCUUGCAAAAUGUGAGUAAUAUGGAAAGCCACUUUUCGCCUUGUACUUAGUGAGAGUUGAACUUAAAAUCACAAACUGGGACCUAUGGAAUAAAACUGCUUUUAACCUAAAGUGUUGUAAAUUAUGUUGAAAACGUAAUUACAGAGAUUUCGAUGAUGUGGUAUCUGCAUGUGUAUAUGGUUUUAUAAUAAGUUUAGCAAUUUCGCUAAUGUAGAUCCUGUAUGACUGCAACAAAAUUUGUUUAUGAAAGUUA